GACUCGUACUUUACAUUACACGGACGCCAUUUCGAAGUUAAAUCCGAUUCUCUCUGCGUCAGAGAUUUGCAAGUCGGCGGGGGGCCUCCGGUUUCUUAUCGUAAUUCCUACCGAAAACCGCUCACCCUGCAACUGUGACGACUCCUCUACCUUGUCGGAAAGCCGCUUUUCUCCACUCCAUUCUGCUUCUACAGGGUGAUGAUCGACUUCAAACACUGAUUUCAGCCAUUUUCAACUUCUGUAGUGGUUCUCUACGCAGUGAAGCGAGCAAAGAAAAACGUUGGCAGAUCUGGAAACCUGUGUAGCUCUAGGGCUUAUGCAGGUUUCCGUUGGUCUUCUUCAGCUUGUCUUUCUUUUUUUGGGGUGGAGGGGGUAGACGAGAGGGCUUCUUUAGCUGAAUAUUGAUGGUAGUUCACGGAAGAGACCGUCAUCUAUGAUUACUGCAACUCUUCAACGAUCGAUGGGGUGGUGUUUCCGGAAGUUUCUCACAUGGAAUGGCAGAUCUUGUUAGCUAUGGGAAUGCCGAACGAGACGUUGAGCAGGCAUUAAUUGCUCUGAAGAAAGGUGCUCAAUUGCUCAAGUAUGGUCGCAAAGGGAAGCCUAAGUUUUGCCCAUUCAGACUUUCUAAUGAUGAGUCAUCCUUGAUCUGGCUCUCGAGUGGUGAAGAAAGAACAUUGAAGUUAGCUUCUAUCUCAAAAAUAAUCCCUGGACAAAGAACUUCUGUCUUCCAACGGUAUUUGCGCCCUGACAAGGAUUACUUGUCUUUUUCUCUUGUGUACAACAGUGGAAAACAUUCCCUUGAUCUGAUUUGUAAGGACAAAGCUCAGGUAGACUUGUGGAUUACUGGCCUCAAGGCAUUGAUAUCUUCUGGUCAAUGUGGACGUUCGAAAAUUGAUGGAUGGACUGAUGAAGGACUUUACUUUGAUGGUGGCAGAGACUUGACAUCUAGCAGUCCAAGUGACAGUUCUGUUAGUUUCAUGCAAGAUUUUAGCUCUCCGGAAGCUUCGGUCGAUUGCAACACAAAUAUUUUUCCCAGGAGUUAUCCUACUCCAGAGAGUUCUGUGCAUUCUGAAAUGUCACAUCUAGCAUUGGACCGUACAAAUAUGCAAGUAAAAGGAUCUGGUUCAGAUGCUUUUCGGGUUAGUGUUUCAAGUGCUCCUAGUACUUCUAGUCAUGGUUCUGCACAGGAUGAUUGUGAUGCUAUAGGUGAUGUAUACAUAUGGGGUGAGAUUAUGUGUGAUAGUGUAAAGGUUGGGGCUGAUAAAAAUGCUCUUCCUUUGAGCACAAGAGCUGAUGUGCUUCUUCCUAGGCCAUUAGAGUCUAAUUUAGUUUUGGAUGUUCAUCAUAUAGCCUGUGGGGUUAGGCAUGCUGCACUUGUUACAAGGCAAGGAGAAGUUUUUACAUGGGGUGAAGAAUCUGGUGGGCGGCUUGGCCAUGGAGUUGGGAAAGAUGUUAUGCAACCUCGUCUGGUGGAAUCUUUAGCGUUCUGCAGUGUUGAUUUUGUUGUCUGUGGAGAGUUCCAUACUUGUGCUGUUACCAUGGCAGGUGAACUUUAUACUUGGGGAGAUGGCACCCAUAAUGCUGGGCUUCUUGGUCAUGGUACUGAUGUGAGUCACUGGAUACCCAAGAGAAUAGCAGGUCCUCUGGAAGGACUUCAGAUUGCUUCAGUUACCUGUGGUCCGUGGCAUACAGCCUUGAUAACAUCAACAGGUCAGCUGUUCACAUUUGGCGAUGGGACAUUUGGUGUCUUGGGCCAUGGCAACAAAGAAAGUGUUGCCUAUCCAAGAGAAGUUGAAUCUCUGAUGGGAUUGAAAACAAUUGCUGUUGCUUGUGGUGUGUGGCAUACUGCUGCCGUGGUGGAAGUCAUUGUGACCCAAUCUAGUGCUAGCGUUUCGUCGGGUAAAUUGUUUACUUGGGGUGAUGGGGACAAAAAUCGUCUUGGUCAUGGAGACAAGGAGCCACGACUGAAACCCACUUGUGUGCCUUCUCUUAUUGAUUACAAUUUUCAUAAACUUGCUUGUGGGCAUAGUCUAACAAUUGGCUUGACUACAUCGGGACAUGUUUUUACCAUGGGAAGUACAGUUUAUGGCCAGCUUGGGAAUCCCAAUGCUGAUGGGAAACUUCCUUGCUUGGUAGAAGAUAAGCUUGCAGGUGAAUCUGUUGAAGAGGUUGCUUGUGGUGCAUACCACGUAGCAGUGCUGACAUCAAAGAAUGAGGUUUACACAUGGGGAAAGGGAGCUAAUGGGAGAUUGGGACAUGGGGACAUUGAAGACCGGAAAAUACCAACAUUGGUAGAAGCUUUAAAGGAUAGACAUGUUAAAUACAUGGCUUGUGGUUCAAACUUCACUGCAGCGAUUUGUCUUCACAAAUGGGUAUCUGGGGCUGAGCAGUUUCAGUGCUCAGCAUGUAGACAGGCAUUUGGAUUUACUCGAAAGAGGCACAAUUGCUAUAACUGUGGGCUUGUACACUGCCAUGCUUGUAGCUCCAGAAAAGCUUUAAGAGCAGCCCUGGCUCCUAAUCCUGGCAAGCUUCAUCGUGUGUGUGAUUCCUGUUUUGCCAAACUGAACAAAGUGUCAGAAGCAAGUAAUAGCAAUAACAGGAGAAAUGUGGUACCCCGACUUUCAGGUGAAAAUAAAGACAGGUUAGAUAAGGCUGAUUUAAGAUUAUCCAAGUCUUCGACACCCACUAAUCUGGAUUUGAUUAAGCAACUAGAUAGCAAAGCAGCCAAACAGGGAAAGAAGGCAGACACAUUCUCACUUGUUAGAUCUUCCCAAGCACUCUCUUUGUCACAAUUAAAAGACAUAGCUUUGGUAAGUGCAGUAGACAUGCGUCGGGUAGUUCCCAAACCAGUUCUGACAUCUGUAGGUCAGUCUGGAUCUAGCUCUAGGGCAGUUUCACCAUUCUCAAGGAAACCCAGCCCACCACGUUCUGCAACACCUGUUCCUACAAUGUCGGGCCUUUCUUUCUCUAAAAGCAUCACAGAUAGUCUGAAGAAAACAAAUGAACUCCUGAAUCAAGAAGUACAGAAGCUGCGGGCACAGGUUGAUAGCCUAAGACAGCGAUGUGAACUUCAAGAAUUUGAGUUGAAGAAAUCAGCAAAGAGAGCCCAAGAAGCUAUUACUGUGGCUGCCGAAGAAUCCGCUAAGUCUAAAGCUGCAAAAGAAGUUAUAAAAUCCUUGACUGCUCAGCUCAAGGGUAUGGCUGAGAGACUGCCACCUGGUGCCUAUGAGACUGAAAGCCUGAAGACAUAUGUACCAAAUGGCGUGGAACCAAAUGGGAUUUUUCACCCUGGAACAAUUGGAGAAGUUCAAUUUAGAUCUGAUGCAACCAAUGGCGCUCAAUUGGCUACUCCUACAGGAAUUGACUCUACCACUCUUACUGCCACUCCAGGGCAGACCUAUUUAACAAGACAUGCUCCUGGAACCGAUGAAGCUAAUGAGUACCUACAAAACCAGGGUAGUCUCACCUCCAAGAUAGUGAAUAACCAUGCGGAUAUGGGACUUCGAAAUGGAAAUGGGGGAGUAUAUGCUGAUAUUAUUAGGGCUGAGGCUGCUGGUGGCAAGGAAAACAUGUCUUUUCAAAAUGGUGAGAAUGGUAUGAAAUCAAGGAGUCCUGCCCCAGGCAAUGGUCAUCAAAUCGAGGCUGAAUGGAUUGAGCAGUAUGAACCCGGUGUAUAUAUAACCCUUGUGGCCCUCCGGGAUGGAACUCGAGAUCUCAAGCGAGUGCGCUUCAGCCGGAGAAGAUUUGGAGAACAUCAAGCCGAAACUUGGUGGUCAGCGAACCGUGAUAAGGUGUAUGAGAAAUAUAAUGUUAGAGGCUCAGACAAGUCGUCAGUGGUUUCCAGUCAGUCAUCUCUGAAACCUGAGGAAGCCAUGUCACCUUCUUCUCAACCUUAGCAGCGAGAAAGUAACUUUGCCUUCAAAACAUUUUGGAUCCAAGAAUGUGAUUGUUUUGAAGGCUAUGGAGGAAGUCCCUGUUCAACUGGAAGGGAUGGCUUUUAUUUUUUUGCCCCCUUAAUUUAUAUCUUUGUUCAAUUUUAUUUUCUGGGUAUCUGCCCCUUAUCCUACCUAUUGUAUUGUGAUGUAUAUAAAAAAAAUAUCAUCAAUUUGUGCGAUAAUAUGGGCAGUAAAAGGAAAGUUUUUCUCUUUA